AAAUAAAUUUAAAAUUAAGAAAUCAGCAUUGUGUUGCCUUUUAGAGAAUCUGUUCAAAUUAGUAGUGCUUUUGAAUAAUUUUGAAACAGCUCAUCUCCAACUGACCGAAUAAUUUGUUAUUUGCGUGUUUCAAAAUUACUAUUCAUUACAAAUAUGCCCAUCUUUAGAAGUGAAAAUGGUAAAACGAGAGUUAAGGCUAAAUCUCGCAGUACCCGGGCAGGCUUAAGUAUGCCUGUGGGCAGAAUUCAUAGAAUUCUAAAAAACGGUAACUAUGCACCUCGCAUCGGCGGAGGGGCAGCAGUUUAUUUGAGUGCUGUGCUUGAAUACUUAGCGGCCGAGAUAUUGGAGUUGGCUGCCAAAGCAGCUGAUGAUAACCAAAGAACUAGAAUCUCACCUCGUCAUAUUUUACUGGCUGUUCGAAAUGAUGAUGAGCUGAACAAAAUGCUGGACGGUGUAACUAUAUCACAGGGCGGAGUAAUACCACACAUAGAACAAAAACUUUUACCAAAGAAAACUAACAUGAAAAGUCAACAUAACACUAAUAGCUCAUCACAGGAGUAUUAAUGUUAGUUGAUACAACUUUAAUUUGACCAAAAUCACAGUUUCUGCAAAGGAAUGGGUAGAGAUGGACACAUGUAAAAUGCAACACCUACUGUGUACCAGUUCUAACUUCAUAGUAAAGUGGGAACCUAUUGAAU